AUGCAUUGUCCCGAGUCUUCCGGGCACCUGGGUCGCUUCCUGUGUGUGUCGGUGCGUGGACAGGUGAGGUGGUGGGAGCCGCUCAGACCUGUGCUGCUCAGGGGGCGGGGAGACAUGCAUGGUCCCGGGUCUCCCGGGCACCUGGGUCGCUCCCUGUGUGUGUCGGUGCGUGGACAGGUGAGGUGGUGGGCACCAGCGCACCCCAGUGCUGCUGAGGGAGCCGGGAAACAAGCAGGGUCCCAGGUCUCCCGGGCGCCUGGGUCACUCCCUGUGUAUGUCGGUGCGUGGCCAGGUGAGGUGGUGGGCGGCAUGGGAGCCGCGCAGACGUCUGCUGCUCAGGGAGCUUGGAGACUUGUGGGGUCCGGGUCCUCCCGGGCGCCGGGGUCCCUCCCUGUGUGUGUCGGUGCGUGGACAGGUGAGGUGGUGGGAGCCGCUCAGACCUGUGCUGUUCAGGGAGCUGGGAGACAUGGAGGGUCCCGGGCCUCCCGGGCGCCGGGGUCCCUCCCUGUGUGUGUCGGUGCGUGGACAGGUGAGGUGGUGGGAGCCGCUCAGACUUGUGCUGCUCAGGGGCGGGGAGAUAUGCACGGUCCCGAGUCUCCCGGGCACCUUGGUCGCUCCCUGUAUGUGUCGGUGCGUGGACAGAUGAGUUGGUGGGAGCCGCUCAGACCUGUGCCGUUUAGGAAACUGGGAGACAUGGAGGGUCCCGGGCCUCCCGGGCGCCGGGGUCGCUCCCUGUGUGUGUCGGUGCGUGGACAGACUUUUAGCAAGCCCAAAACUGUGAAGCUCUGCAUUGUGCUGCUGGCAGCUUUCAUGCCCUCUCUGCCCUGUUGGUUGCUUAAGGGUCUGGACUCAGUCGUUGUUGAGGACGUGGCUGUGGUUUUUACCUCGGAAGAGUGGGCUUUGCUGGAUCUUACUCAGAGGAAACUCUACAGAGAUGUGAUGAUCGAAACCUUCAGAAACCUGGCCUCAGUAGAUGAUUUGAACUAUGAAACAGGAGAGAAGUCAAGCAAUAAACUGCAUGUUCGCUUUGUUAGAGAUAAGCCUUAUGAAUGUAGGGAAUUUAGGAAAGCCUUUAAUUUUUCCUCAGCCCUCACUGCACAUUUAGGAACUCACACUGGAGAGAGGCCUUAUGAAUGUAAUGAUUGUGGGAAAGACGUUAGACAAUCCUCAAAAAUCACUGUACAUAGAAGGAUUCACAGUGGAGAAAGACCUUAUGAAUGUAAGGAAUAUGGAAAAGACCUUAAGUGUUCCUCACAUCUCACUAAUGAUAGAAGAACUCACCGUGGAGACAAGCCAUAUAAAUGUACAGAAUGUGGGAAAGCCUUUAGUCAGGCUUCAUCCCUUAUUACACAUAUAAGAACUCACAACGGACAGAGGCCUUAUGAAUGUAAGAAAUGUGGGAAAGCCUUUAGUUAUUCUUCAGGAAUUGCUUCACAUAUGAGAACUCAUAUUGGUGUCAGACCUUAUGAAUGUAAGGAAUGUAGGAAAACAUUUAAGUAUUCUUCUAACUUCACUUCACAUGUAAGAACUCACAGUGGAGAGAAGCCUUAUGAAUGUAAGCAAUGUGGAAAAGCCUUUAGGAAGUCCUCAGUCCUCAUGACACAUAGAAGAAUUCAUACUGGAGAGAGGCCAUAUGAAUGUAAGGAAUGUGGGAAAGCCUUUAGAGAGCCCUCACACCUCACCUCGCAUAUGCGAACUCACAGUGGAGAGAGGCCUUAUGAAUGUGAGGAAUGUGGGAAAGCCUUUCGUCACUCAGGAAACCUCACUAACCAUAUAAGAACUCACAAUGGGCAGAGGCCUUAUGAAUGUAAGGAAUGUGGGAAAGCCUUUCGUCAGCUCUCAACCCUCACUACACAUAUAAAAAUUCACAGUGGAGAGAAGCCUUAUGAAUGUAAGCAGUGUGGGAAAGUCUUUAGGCAGUCCUCAGGCCUCAUGACACAUAGAAGAAUUCAUACUGGCGAGAGGCCAUACCAAUGCAAGGAAUGUGGGAAAGCCUUUAGUUAUUCUUCAGCGAUGGCUUCACAUAGGAGAGCUCAUAAUGGUGUCAGGCCUUAUGAAUGUAAGGAAUGUGGGAAAACGUUUAGAUAUUCUUCUAACUUCACUUCACAUAUAAGAACUCACAGUGGAGAGAGCCCUUAUGAAUGUAAGGAAUGUGGGAAAGUCUUUAGGCAAUCCUCAAACCUCAUUGUACAUAGAAGGAUUCACAGUGCAGAAAGGCCUUAUGAAUGUAAGGAAUGUGGAAAAGCCUUUAAGUGUUCCUCACAUCUCACUAAUCAUAGAAGAACUCACAGUGGAGACAAGCCAUAUAAAUGUACAGAAUGUGGGAAAGCCUAUAGUCAGGCUUCAUCCCUUACUACACAUAUCAGAACUCACAAUGGACAGAGACCUUAUGAAUGUCAGAAAUGUGGGAAAGCCUUUAAUUACUCUUCAGUAAUUGCUUCACAUAUGAGAACUCAUACUGGUGUCAGGCCUUAUGAAUGUAAGACAUAUAAAAACUCAUAGUGGAGGACUUACGAAUGUAAGGAGCGUGAGAAAGCCUAUCCUUGUUCAUCACAUCUCACAUCACAUAUAAGAUCUCACUGUGGAAAGACUACUCUGUCAAAAGGGGGGAGUUUCAUCCUUAAU